GCGAGAACGCCACAGAAAGAACACAACUUUUUUUUUUCUUCUGCCUUCGCGCCACACAACAUGUUUGUUGGAGUCUGAGACAGUUUAUAAUCGUUUGGUGAAAUGGUAUCUCCGAGAGCUGACAGGGGGACAACCUCACCUGUAACCGCGCGCCCUCUGUGGCCCCUCGAUGGUUGUGGUUUGUGUUGUACGGAAUUGAAGCCUGACAGAAAUCCUCAACUUCUACCAUGCCUACAUUCUGUGUGUCAGGAGUGUGUUCCCCAGAGUGAUUUCAAGACAGAAUGUCCGGUGUGUGGAAGGCAAUACACUUCUUCAGAAAUCAUUGACUAUCCUUUCCUCCCUACCUUUGCCUCUGAUUCAAAAACCUGGUGUGGGGGUUGUGAUGAGCCUGUGGUCUGUGGCUGGUGUGUAGAAUGUGACGAACCGCUCUGCUCUGUCUGUGUGGCAGCCCACAAGAGGGUGAAGUUAACACGCGACCAUAAUGUCCUACCCCAAUUACCUCCAGGUUUCAGCAGGACAGCGUUGUGUCCCGUCCAUAAGAGAGAGCAGAUGAAGUUUUUCUGUGUGACUUGUGAUCAGCUGACUUGCCGUGAUUGUCAGCUAACCUUCCACAGAGAACACAAGUACCAGUUUUCCCAGGACGCUUUACCAGAGCAGAGGAAAUGUUUACAGUAUCUAAUAGAGACUGUGAGGAUGCAGAGAGCGACUGUACAACAGAACCUGUUGGACCUGGAUGGACGGCUGUCUGACUUGGAGGAUCUGCAGGAGAGUGUGAGGGCGGAGGUCAAGGAUAUCCUCAAGGGCAUCUGGAGUGUCCUGGUGAAGAGAGCCAUGCAGCUUUCCAAGGAAAUGCAGGAUCACUGUUGGAAGGAGAGCGAGUGUGUCACAGAGAGACAGGCCCAACUUAGGAAGCUGGGAGAGAGGCAGGAAUAUGUGCUGGCCUUCACAGAGAAAGCCCUGAAGAGUGAGGAUCACACCUCCCUGUUAUCCUGCAAAAGACAGAUCCAGUCUCAGCUGCAAGCCGUUCUAGCCAAAAAAAACAGCACAGUGUCUACAAUGAAGGAGCUGAAGCUCCACUGUAGCCAGGACAUCCACCAAGCCCUUGGGUGUUUUGGGGAAAUUGUGACUAAGGAGGUCCCGUUUGCUCGGCUAAACCUGAGAAAGACUCUGGUUAGUCCCAUUCAAAUUAAUCCUCCCAAUAUUUCACUGGAACAGCAGAGAAACAGCAGAGCAUCCUCAGCAUUGUCACCUUCAUCCCAGGAAACCUCCAGUUUGUCAGCGGGAAAUGCUCCCCUCUCGGGACGUCAACCAACACUAAUGCGCUCGCUUUCUUGCCCCCAGUCCUCCCCCUUCCCCUAUCCCCAUGAACCAGAGAAACUGUCAUGUUACCACUUUUCCCCUGACUCUCGCAGACCCUCUUUACAGGCACUAUCCUCUUCCCGCUCUGACAGCCCUCUGUCCUUGUCCUCUACGGGAAACAAUGACUGCUCAUUAUUAUCAGGGUUUGUCCAGGACACCCUUGUCCCAUAUCAGGGUGGCUCCUCAAAGUCUGACCUGAUGGUGGAACUUGUUUCCCGGGCCUUUCAUGUCAAAAGGAAAGCAGGGGAUGUAAAUGUGGGUCCUCAAAUUAAACGAACUCGUUUGCAGCCCUUUAAGGUACCAGCGGACUCUCCAUGUGAGAGGGUUCCCCCUAUAGGUGCCGAAAAGCAGGCUGUGGACAUGGCUGCUACAGUUGUCUUGGAAAGAGAAGCUACACCCAACAUCACGGACCAGAAUGCAACGGCUCCAGUGUACAGACAAGAAGCUACUAAGGCUUCAGGCAGUAGUGUCACGACAGCCAAUCAGGUAGUUUUAGCUCCCUUCACACUCCCUGUCACGGGGAACUCUGUCACUUGGGGCAUGUCACCAGCUAAUGGCACUCUUUUUCCUGGCACCGUGAACACUCCCCCCAGCUUUGGAUGUGUAAGGGCUGUCCCCCCAUACUUGGUUUUGUCCAACAGCGCUCCAGUUUCCAGUCACACUGGCACUGUGUGCAGGCUUGACAAUGGAAGCCUGGUCUUCAUCCAUAAUGACAUGCCCUUUUUCAACAUCUUGAGCACUGUUAGAGGAGGUCAAAACCAAGUGCUAGCUGGUUCUGUCCCAGGAGGACUCUCCCCACCACGUCUGCCAGACCCCACCUCUCCAAAGAGCCCUAUGGAAGCUUCUCAGUCCACUGGUCCAAAAUAUCCAAUCAGAAUUAUUCGACGGGUAAAGAAUUAUAUUUCAACGGUCCAGGACACCAAGCUGCCCACCCAGGAUGCCACUGCUCAGUCAGGAUUGUGCAGAAAGGAUGAAGCCGCCUCUACUCUCCUCGUACAAACUACUAGUGCCCAGGCAGACUCUGUACAAAUGGAAAUUGCCCAGACCAACGUUGACCUCAUCCAGGUAGACCCUAAUCAGACAGUCUUUGCCAUGGAAGAAACCACGGAGACAGACAUUGUCCAGAAUAAAACUGCCCAGCCAGACUUUGUCCAGAAUGAGACCAACCAGGCCGAACUUGUCCAGACUGCAUCUGACCAGGCAGAACUUUUCCAGACUAAAACAGCCCAGAUGGAAAUUGUUCCUGCUCAAGUUGUUGGAAUCAAGGAGGAACAAACAUUACGGCAAGUUACAGGACCGAUGGAGUCUGUGAGGGCAGACAUGCUUGACCCCGACAUUGUGCAUACUGAAACUGACCAGACUGACUUUGUCAACGUAAGCACACAAGUAUCUGGGAUCAUGAUCAAGGAAGAACCGCCAGCCACAGACAGCUUAUCAGUUACAGGGCUAAUGGAACCCAUCUUAGCGAUCAUGCCUGACACUCUACCUACUGAAACCGUCCAGACUGACCCUGUCCACACAGAAAUGGUUCAUGCGAGUGAAACUGUGCAGAGGAAUUUUUUCCAGACUGAUAACCAGCCUGAAACUAUGCAGACGGACUCUGCCGAGACUGAAACUGUGCAGAAAGAAAUUGUCCAGUCGAACUUUAACCUGACUAAAACCGUGCAGACAGACCCUGUCCUGACUGAAGCAGUUUAUGCAGUCCAGACAGACACUGCGCAGAUGGAGCCAAUCCACAGUGAAACUGUCCUUACCGACAUUGUGCAGACUGCUACUCUGCAGAGGGACCUAGCCCCAACUGACUUCACAGAGAUUCAGCCAGACAUGUCAACCACCAAUGAGGUAUCCACAAAUGACACUGUCAAUGUGGUCAGUGUCCCCAGCUGCACUCAGGAAGUUGACAUUGACCUCACCCUUGACCUCAGCAAUGAUUUCUGCUCUCCGAUAGAGGAGGAAGAUGACAAUAUGGGUGAUUUUGAUGUCAAUGCUGCUGACAGUAUUGAAAAGACUGGGUGCCAGGUGUCUGUUGGGCUUAAUAGCAGAUUUCUGCAGGUGUCUUUGAUUUGGAUGCCCAUCCUUGACGCCCCUGUUGGUGCCCCGCCAGCCUGCUUCCGCCUCCUCCCAGGGGUCAAAGGGCAGGAAACUGUCAUUCAGGUGAUCCAGACGGACGCACCGCAGCCAGAGUCUCCUUGCUCCUCCAUGUCGAGCCCAGACAGUCUGAGGAGCACCCACCAGCUACGCCCCCUCCUGGCCAGGAGGAAACACUGCACAGCAUGUAGGAUGUCAGGGAAGCUCACCCUGUGUGUCGUGUGUGGACGGUGCUUCCACAGGGAGUGUCACAUUCCACCCAUCUAUGCCUUAUCAACUGAGCGCUGGCAGUGUAUGCUGUGCCGGGACCGCUCUAAUCUGGCGGAGUUGCAGGACUACAGUGGGGCUGACGGGGAACUGUGUAUGAGCCCUCCUGACCAAAUGAGAUGUGAGCGCCUACUACUUGUCCUUUCAUGCAAAAGGUACAGCGUUGUCCUCUACAGACCAGCCAAGCUCUCUUCCCAGUCUUCUCACUACAUCGACAUCACCCUGAUACGGGGACGGUUGCUGCAGAAACUGGUCCCCCCUUACCGCACCCCGUCGGAAUUUGUGUCCGAUGUCUGGCUUCUCCUCCACACACUGUUGAAAAGUGUGAAGUCAGUGGACCGACUUCAGGCAUGUUUUGGGAAGGAGCUGGGCAAAACGUUCGAGGGGACCCUGCACCCUUCGCUGCUCGUCAACCCCCACCGAGGGGAAGCGAAGGGCGGAGAGGAAUGCGGAACAAGAGGGGGACAUGGAGAAAGUGACCAUGAGGAGAAUCUGAGACCUCUUGAGGAAGAGCGCGCAGGCAAAGACAUUUCACACAGGACUAAAUGAAAGAUAGAGAAUGGAAAAGAAGCCUGUAUUUGUAUAUAUUGACUUGAAUUGCUUGCUGAACAUGUUUGUACAUACAGUUGCCUCCAAAUACAUUGGAACCCUUGCACUUAUCUUAAAUAAUUCUCUAUUUAUAAAAUAACAAGAAAUUGAAAAAGUUUUGUUCUCUACACCUUAUUGAAUUUUCAACAUUGCAGAACCAAUUUGUUUUAUUAUUAUUGGUAUAUUUGGCCGCAACUGUAGUUGGUUACAAACACUGGGAAUGAAAAAAAGUGUUGUUUGUGUUUUUUGUGUGUGCAU